AUGAAGUUGCUGCGCCGUGUGUCUUUUAAGGGAUUACGUUACACUAUCGAUUGCGCUCUUGCACUGCUAACUGCUGAGCCCGUCGUUCCAUCCGAAAAAAGGUCGUGGCUGAUGCGCGGUAAACUGUACGCGUAUGGAAAACGGAAUGCGUGGGGUUCAGCUGAUUCCUACACGAGUAGACCCUCGGACUCCGACCUGUCCCUGGAGGAGGAUAAGGAGGCGUCUCGGCGAGAAGCCGAGCGCCAGGCCGUGCUGCAGCUCGAAAGAGCCAAAAGCAAGCCGGUAGCUUUCGCGGUCAGAACCAAUGUGAGCUACUGUGGUGCUCUGGACGAAGACUGUCCAGUCCAGGGUGCUGCCAUUAACUUUGAAGCCAAAGACUUUCUCCAUAUCAAAGAGAAGUACAAUAAUGACUGGUGGAUCGGGCGGCUGGUGAAGGAGGGGGCUGACAUCAGCUUCAUCCCGAGCCCGGCUAAACUGGAGGCUAUGCGUAUCAAACAGGAGCAGAAAGCUGCACAGAGGAAAGCAGGGAAUGCGCAGUCAGGAGGCUGGAGAUCGACUCCUCCGUCUUCAGCUAAACAGAAGCAGAAACAGACAGAGCAUGUUCCACCCUAUGACGUGGUACCCUCCAUGAGGCCAGUGGUGCUGGUUGGACCCUCACUGAAAGGCUAUGAGGUGACAGAUAUGAUGCAGAAAGCACUGUUCGACUUCCUGAAACACAGGUUUGAUGGGAGAAUCUCCAUCACACGAGUGACCGCGGAUCUGUCUCUAGCUAAAAGAUCUGUGCUCAAUAAGAAGGCCAUCAUGGAAAGGUCCAACACGCGCUCGAGUUUAGCUGAGGUCCAAAGUGAAAUAGAGAGGAUAUUUGAGCUUGCAAAGAGUCUGCAGUUGGUGGUACUGGACGCAGACACCAUUAACCACCCUGCACAGCUAACAAAGACUUCCCUCGCUCCAAUCAUCGUCUAUGUCAAGGUGUCAUCACCAAAGGUUCUCCAAAGACUCAUUAAGUCGAGGGGAAAGUCUCAAAGCAAACACUUAAAUGUCCAAAUGAUGGCAGGAGACAAACUCGUCCAGUGCCCGCCGGAAAUGUUUGAUGUCAUCCUGGAUGAGAAUCAGCUGGAGGAUGCAUGUGAGCAUCUAGCCGAAUACCUGGACAUCUACUGGCGUGCUACUCACCUGCCAGGCUCCGCCCCUGCAAACCCCUCAUCGGAGCAAAAGGUGGCGACGCCACCCUCAGCUAACUCUAGCCAACAGUUCUCUGAGACGCAGGAAUUAAUCGAAUGAGCACUGUAAAGAUCAGGGUUACAGUUAUGGGUGGUGAGAGUGAAGUGGAAAGUUCUGGAUCCUCCCUCAGUUCAUCUCUCAGGGUUCAGCCCCUCUCUGUUCCAGACUGGAGCAGCUGCCCCCUGACGAUGAGGAGGACGGGAAGAGGAGAGAGAAUCGAGGGUUUCUGAAGAUGAGGAACAACUCCACCAUCCCAGGCACACGAGGGACGCCAGCUUGAGCCGCGCCCAGCACGGCCACGUGUGCCCGUCUCAGGAUCGCUCUGCUGCAGCACAAUGCACUCGCACAAGACACACACACACACUCAACAAACACUGUAGUUGGCAGCACAACCAACAUCUGGCUGCUCAGAAUCAGAGAUACAAGCACACAGGGAUGGGCAGUAUUUCUAAUGCAUGCGUACGAAAUAUUAAAAAUGCGCAAUACUAUUUUGUAAUUUUGAAAUGUAGUUUGUAUUAAAAUGCUUUUGUGUGCUAUAUUUUUGUAUUUUUAAAAUACAGAAAAUAUUUUGUCUGGUGAAAAUGUAAUAUAAUU